UAAACUUGAAUUUUCUUUUUACUCGUACUACGUUAAAACCCUGAACCUCAUCCAAGUUUCGCCUCCACCAAAAUCCUGAAAAAAUGGGGGCACUCACACUCCGAUUACCUUCUCUUUCCUCCAUUUUCAUCCCAUCUUCUUUCUCCUCUCGCUCGACAGCAAUCCUCCGCCGCCGCAACCACCACCACCAUCUUCAACCCACCAUCAGAUUCUGCACCAGAAGUGCAUCAUCAGCAGAGACAUCCGCUUCAACACCCACUUCCACCACCAAGCCUAAAUCCCAAGACAAAGUAAUCACCCCACGUUCUCAGGACUUCAAUGCUUGGUACCUUGACAUUAUUUAUCAUGCCGAGCUUUCCGAUUACGGCCCUGUUCGUGGUACCAUGGUUAUUCGCCCUUAUGGUUAUGCUAUCUGGGAAUCCAUUCAGGAUUAUUUGAAUGUUAAGUUCAAGGAAACUGGUCACAGCAAUAUGUACUUCCCACAGUUUAUACCGUAUUCAUUUAUAGAGAAAGAAGCUAGUCAUGUUGAAGGUUUUAGUCCAGAAUUAGCUGUUGUCACUAUUGGUGGAGGAAAGGAACUUGAAGAAAAACUUGUGGUUCGACCUACUAGUGAAACUAUAGUAAACCAUAUGUUCACUCAAUGGAUCCAAAGUCAUCGUGAUCUUCCUUUAAUGAUUAACCAGUGGGCAAAUGUCACAAGAUGGGAGAUGCGCACAAAGCCAUUUGUGAGGACUCUUGAAUUUCUUUGGCAAGAAGGUCAUACUGCUCAUUCCACUCCAGAAGAGGCAGAGAAAGAGGCCUUGCAGAUGAUUGAUGUCUACACAAAGUUUGCUUAUGAGCAUGCUGCAAUACCUGUAAUUGCAGGCAGGAAAUCAAAGGUAGAAACAUUUGCUGGUGCUGAUAGAACUUAUACAAUCGAGGCUAUGAUGGGUGACAGGAAAGCUCUACAAGCUGGCACUAGCCACAACCUUGGACAGAAUUUCUCACGUGCAUUUGGCACACAGUUUACUUAUGAGAAUGGGCAAAGGCAACAUGUGUGGCAGACUUCAUGGGCUAUAAGCACACGUUUUGUGGGUGGUAUAAUCAUGACUCAUGGUGAUGAUGCUGGUUUAAUGCUUCCUCCAAGGGUUGCUCCUAUACAGGUUGUGAUUGUACCCAUUUGGAAAAAGGAAGAAGAGAAAUUAGGAGUUCUUGAUGCUGGCAUUUCUACUUAUGAAGCCUUGAAAAGUGCUGGGAUUAAAGUUAAAUUUGACGACUCUGAGCAGCAAACCCCUGGAUGGAAAUUUAACUUUUGGGAAAUGAAGGGAGUUCCUGUAAGAAUAGAAAUUGGUCCACGUGAUGUUUUGAAUAAGAGUGUGGUCAUAUCAAGAAGAGAUAUUCCUGGUAAACAAGGAAAAGUAUUUGGAGUAUCCAUGGAACCUGAUGUUCUGGUUUCUUAUGUAAAAGACAAGUUGGAUGAAGUACAGGCAUCAUUGUUGAGUAUGGCAACAUCAUUCCGUGAUAGUAACAUUGUGGAUGUGACAUCAUAUGAAGAGCUUAAAGCGGCAAUAUCUGAUGGAAAGUGGGCAAGGGGUCCUUGGUCUGGCAGUGAUGAGGAUGAGUUGAAAGUAAAAGAAGAAACCGGGGCAACAAUUAGAUGUUUCCCUUUUGAACAACCUCAAGGGACAAAAACUUGCUUGAUGACAGGAGGUCCUGCUGAGGAAGUCGCAAUUUUUGCAAAAUCAUACUAGCCAGAGGUUUUUAUGAACAACCUCAAGGGACAAAAUCAUACUCUAAUGCAAAGGGAGUUUUGCUUUGGCAUCAUAUUUUGGUUGCAAAUUGUUCUAAGAUGCGAUUUUUUAUGAAGCAGAUGUUUAGGAACAACAGAUAUGAUUAGUUCUUUCGCUCCAAAUCGAGAAUACAUGGCAUACAUUAUUGUACAUUUACCUUCAUAUACUGUUUGAUGUGAGAGAUUUUAUCUUUUCAAAAAAAAAAAAAAUAAAAAAUUGUGAGAGAUUUUAUAGGCGAGUGAAUUGUAGUAAUAUUCUUCGUUUCCAACUUGUAGACUUUUUGGUCCAAGGUUUACUAUACAUUCAAUUUGUCAUGAUUCAAUUCAUUGUGUUGCUCCUAAAUUUUGAAUAAAAUGUGGCUUGGUCUUGCAAUAAA